AGCCUUAUAAUAGUUGUUUUUCCUCCGAGGCCCUUGACGAAAAGUUGCCACCUUUGGUUGCCACCGUCUCUGCCCGCCACACGGUCGCCUAUGUCCGCCCCAUGCCCACGGUCUCCUCCGUCACGGUCCCGUCCUUCCGACUCACCGCCCCUUCCGUCCGAUUCACCGUCCCCUCCGUCCGACUCACCGCCCCUCCGUCCGACUCAUCACCGCCCCGUCCGUCCGACUCAUGGUACCCUCCGUCACGGUCCCCUCUGUCCGCCCCACGAUCUCCUCCGUUGGACUCACCGUACCCGCCCGACUCACUGUCCUCUCUGUCCCCGUCCCCUCCAUCAGACUCACGGUCCACUCCGCCACCGCCACCGUCAACUCCGUCCGACUCACCGUCCCCUCCGUCCGACUCACGACCCUCCCCGUCCCCUCCAUCCGCUCCACGGUCCACUCCGUCCGACUCGCCGUCCGACUGACGAUCUCCUCCGUCCACCCUACGGUUCCCUCCUUCCGCCUCGCCGUCCCCUACGUCCAUAUCUUCCUCCAUGACAGAAAUCAAGAGAAGGCAAAUCCAGGAAUACGUUCCCAGACCACCGGUUCAGUGUAGUGUCUGUGUGGUGGAAGGAUCUA